AUGGCUGUCCAAGGACGCCCCCAAAAUUGUUGGCUCUUACUGUUCAUCACCCUCUACACCACAAUUACUGCUAGCUUCAAGGUCAGCACUCACAUCUACCUUGGUCAAGAGUUGAUCAACGAUCUCAAAACCUGUUCGCAAGUGAAUGGCGUUCCCUGCGUCAACGUCGUCGACAACAAUGGCCAGCUACAUCCCACGCGAAUCCGCAAUGCCGUAGCUGGUGCGAUCAUUGGAAACGAAAAGACUUUCCUCACGGGAACCCUCGGGCCUGACGCUUUUGCCGAUAUCCUUAGCGGACAACUUAUCACGCACCCCGGGCUUUUCAACGAGGAAGACGGCACUAUCACAGGAUGGGGCACCGGCGACUGGAUUGACCACCUCAUUCGGAAUGCUCAAUCCCCUGAGGAGCUGGCUUUUGCCAUUGGUUUUGCAGGCCACGCGGCUGCCGACGUCUUUGCGCACUCUUAUGUGAAUCAGUUUGCUGGCGAUGUCUACGAACUCACUGACGGCGAAAUUGAAGUCGAAAUGCGGCAUAUGAUGGUGGAAACGUUUAUCUCCGAACAUAAUCCACGCCUCAAAAAUAAUAUCGGCCAGGACCUGGGUAUGAUGUACCAGUACCUUGGCGGCGGAAACACGAUUCACGCUCCCAUCGACUUUGUCCGCCGUACUCUUAUUGCCAACGAAGCUGCGAACCAAGAGCUAGGUCGUAAUGCGGGGGGUGCCUUGCUUCGAGGCCUAAACAAGAUCACAACUGAGUUAACAAAUUCCCUUCGCAGGAAAGAUUACCCCUUUGACCUUGUUGCCACUGUCCAGAAGUAUAUGGAUCCAUCUUUACAAGUGAAGCGCUUGACGGAAUGGUUAACGGAGACACGUCGAGACCUCAAAGGCGCAGGUGAAGUUCAGCAGCUCGAGGUUAUCAUCCUCCAAGCAGUAGCAUAUUAUUGGGCCGGCAUACAGAUCGACGUGGGCGAGGCGGCCAAGGCCGCCGAAUUGACCAACAAACUCAGUAGCUUUCUCGGUCGCUCAGCCGAUGAGGUGAUCAAAGCCAAGGAUCAAAUCGACGGCCUCAUGAAUAAGGCUCUCGAAAGCCGCAAUCAACAAGUCCUAGCCGCGAUUGGGACCCUUCAAGGUCUUCACAAGCGCCUAGCAGACGCAUCCAAAACUUACAUCCAAUCGGUUGAAGACGUUGCAAGAUUCGGACGAAAAGUCGUAGAGGCAAAAGACAUAUACGACACUCUCUUGCUCGAAACGACUUGCACCGUCAUACAAAGAUGUGAUGACAUUGUUAAAUUGAUUCCGCGGUCUAGAAUGGUUGAGAGAACCUGCCAGGAAACAAAAAAAGAGAUCAAUCGAGUCUGCAAUCUAGUCUCCAUAGGCUUCGUCCCGCAUUGCACAGUCUUGAAAGUCCUCAGAAUCAAAACCAAACACUGCAAGAACGUGGAGAAGUUUGAAAAUCGUUGCACAGACCAAGUCAAAGAUGUGACGCGCAAAUGGGACUGCAGUGUCAUCGAAAGGUGGACCGAAACGGUGACUAGUCCCAACGAAGUCUGCAAAGCCGCAAAUGAAGCUUGCCAAGUAACGAAGGAAGCCUUGCGGCUCAAGCAGGAAAUUGCCAAUGCCGCAUAUAACGAAGCUCUCCGCAUUCAGACCACCGCGAUCGACACACUGGCCAGGGAACAAAAGUUAGUGCAGGAUUCGCUCACGGCCUUGUACGAUGCGACUGUCAUUUUCCAAUCUAUCGAGCGCCAAGUUCGACUGCUGGCUCAAAGCUUUGCGAGUAACCAGGUGGAGCUCGUACGACAAUCGCUUCUUGACCUCAGAGGCCACGUAGAAGGAUGGCGCGAUCAAUCGAUCGCAGCUACCAAUGACUGGAUUUCCGCAAAUGCCCAGGCUAUGUUGAAUUCGGUCAGUAUAGACAAAGAUAACGCAGGCGUCGCCGAACCCCUCAUGGACUGGUUGAAAUGCCGGCUACCAACCGUCAUAUUGCCCAUCCCCGUGGCGGCUGUCGAUUCAAUUUGCGAACCUAUAAGAGUGGCGAAAAAGAUUCACGGAGAAAUUACACGCAUCGAAGACAGCAUCAUCCAGUCCUUGGCAGAUUCUGGAUUCCCUUUCUUGAGUGACGUUGCGGCCGCCUUCCUCCAAUUCAAAGAGUCGGCGCCCUAUAUUGCGAGCUCAGUCAUCCAGACAAUCGUAGAGGAGGCGAUUCCCAACAGUAACUUACCGAACAUUAACCUCCUACAUCAUGCGUUCAAGAGUAAACAUAGCGACUCGAAGAUGAAUCAGCAAUUUGCAAGUGACAACACCGCAAAACAUCUCAUUACCUUUCCAGCCGUGAAACUUCAAGGCACUAUCAUCGACCAUAUGCGAGUCGACAUGGGGUUGACUGGCUCUGACGAUCACGAACCAUUUAUAGUACAAAAUUUCAACCCCGCUCGGAAUGCUCUGCAGCUAAUGAAGCUCGCUCUCCUAUCGGGUAGCGAUCUCAACGCAUUCACGAAAGCGAUGGGAUUUCCAGAUCCACUUUUUGAGAACAGUAUAUCGAGCCUACUUUCUCCUUGGUUAAGGUCAGUUGAUGGCAAUCAUCAAUGGUUGCCGGUCGCUCCAGCUUAUCUACGAAAAGAAGCACUGGCGGAUAAGCUGUGGGAGAAUUCCUUCUGCAAAAAAUCACCUUUCGAUGUUCGCCGCCGUUUCCAGAAGGCGCCUUUGCCUCUUUACGACAACACAGAUGCGAAGCGACUCAUUUUCGACCGCAUUUUCAAGGGCCCUUUGUCAAUCAGCUUGGAGAGCAAUGCGGGUGGAUUUGCCGAUCUUCGACCCGCAGGCUACAUGUACCAACCCACAUCUGGCAACAAUUUUCCCAACAUCAGUGCAAGUGUAGACUGCUUCUCACAGGGAGCAGUUUCGCCCAUAGUUGGAUCGAGCACAAUCUACAGCAGCGAGACUUACGCUCGAGAAGGAGUGGGCUUCACGUGGGACCCAAAUGGUUCAACGCUUUUCAACACUAAUCUCGAGCCUUUCGUGGGCCUCGUGCACCAAAGAGCCGUGCUCAAAAGCCGCCAAUACUGGGGUGCCGCAGCCUACAACUUUGACACAAACUGGCUCGUGGAUUUUGACUUUAGCCAAGCCCGCACGCUCAAGUUCAGCGCUGCGUCAAGAAGUGGUCCUCGUCAGCUAAUUGUACAUUUUUACGGCCAAAAUCAAGAGACUACUAAACUUGCAGUUGACAUUGAUAAUCUUUACAACAUAUACGAGUUUGAAAUUGCCGAUUUCAAGGAGUUAGGCAACAAUUUUGACUUCUCGAAGGUCAAAGGCUUGGUUUUUGCCAUCUCUGAGGAGAACUCCGAUGCGAUAAUCGAUAUUGAUUCAAUCCAAGUACAGAGAUAA